GGACGGCGGCGGGCGGUGCUCGGGCCCAGCGCGGGGCAGGAGCCUCUUGGUGUCUCGGGCGGCGGCUGCGGCCGGAGCGCUCGGGCAGCGGCUGUGCCCAGCGGGGAUGGCAGACGCGGCGGCUUCUCCCGUGGGGAAGCGGCUUCUGCUGCUGCUGGCGGCAGGACCGGGCGAGGGCGAGACGCCGGGGCCGGAGCCGGGGCCUGCGUUGCCYGCGCGGGCCUGGCGGAGCGGCACCGUGAGGGCCAUGAGCGGAGCGGUGCCCCAGGACCUGGCGAUCUUUGUGGAAUUUGAUGGCUGUAACUGGAACCAGCAUGCGUGGGUGAAAGUGCAUGCUGAAGAAGUUAUAGUUUUGCUGCUGGAAGGAUCAUUGGUUUGGGCACCUCGAAAUGAUCCGGUUAUGCUUCAGAGCACUCGAAUCUCACUGGCACAGUGGCCUGCACUGACCUUCACUCCUCUAGUAGAUAAGCUGGGGUUAGGCUCUGUGGUCCCAGUGGAGUUUCUUCUGGACAGACAUUUACGUUUCCUGUCUGAUGCCAGUGGAUUACGUUUAUUUCAGAUGGGAACAGAGAGCCAAAAUCAGAUUCUGCAGGAACAGCCUUCACUGAGAGAAUCUGUUAAUGCACUGAUCAGCGACCAGAAGCUUCAGGAGAUAUUUAGUAGAGGUCCUUACAGUGUCCAAGGCCAAAGAGUUAAAGUUUAUCAACCAGAGGAUGAAAACAGCUGGCUCUGUGGUGUUGUGAGCCACCAAGACCCAAUAACUCGUCUUAUGGAGGUGUCUGUGACUGAGAGUGGUGAGAUAAAGUCGGUGGAUCCUCGACUGAUUCAUGUGGUGAUGGAUAAUKCUUCUCCAAGCGAGGGUGGGGCCUUAAAAGCAGCUAAAUCAUCAUCUAAAGGCAAAAAGAAGAAAGAAAGCCUGGAGGGAAAGGAUGCAAGGAGGAGGAAAAAUGUAUCAGAUCCUGCUUGUGAUCCUGCAACGAAGAAGCUAAAGGAGAGGGGUGAGGCGGAUAGCAAUGGUAAUGAUGGAGGUGAGGCAAGCAGAGGUCCUUGGAAAGGAGUCUCCAGUAAUGAAACAGGACUGGAUCCAAGGGCCAAGCAGUUGCCUUCAUUUAUUCCUCAGAUUAAUCGCAAUAUUCGUUUUGCUACUUACACCAAAGAGAAUGGCCGAACACUAGUAGUCCAAGAUGAGCCAGUUGGUGGUGAUACACCAUUGCCCUUCACUCCAUUUUCCUCUGUGGCUGGACAAGCAUUACUAGUUGGAUCUGGAUGUAAAGAGGCAGGAAAAUCACUGGAACAGGUUGCCCAAGGCACAGUGACUUCUGCAACUGCAGUUACUACAGCUGCUUUGACACCGACAACUGUGAGAAUCUCUGAUAGCGGUCUGCCAGCUGUUGCUGGACAGGAGAAACUGAAAACAGUACGAUCGCAAGCCCAGGGAGAGAAUUCCCGAAACUCACUUUUGGCUUCUGGAUUUGGAGUCUCUCUCCCAAGUGCUUCCCAAUCCUUGGUAUUCGGGGCUGGAAGGAGCCAAUCAAAUGGAGUGAUGGCUCCAGAAAACAAGCCUUCUGGAUUUYCUUUUGGCUGUAGUACUGGACAAGAGGCUCAGAAAGAUUCUGAUUCAUCCAAGAACUUGUUUUUUCAGUGCAUGUCCCAGAAUCUUCCUUCCAGUAACUAUUUCACCGUCAUUUCAGAAAGCUUGACUGAAGAUGUCUCUAGUCGGGACUCAUUCAAGCAGUGUACAGAGAUUGUGGGUGCUGGGACCUGUAAAGGUAAAAUUCUUUCAGUGGACACUAAGCCAGGAGCCCAGUCUGGUAGUUCUGUGGAACGGAAGCUGCCUGUGGAAUCUAUGCCUACCCUUACUCCAGCCUUUUCACGAAGUCUAWUGAAUGCUCGUCCCCCCGAUAGCCAUGAAAACUUAUUUUUACAGCCCCCAAAGCUAUCACGGGAGGAGCCCUCAAAUCCUUUCYUGGCGUUUGCUGAGAAAGCAGAACUUAGUCCUUUCAGUGGCUUUGCAUCUUCAUCUCAGACGGGGGUUUCUGCACCCUCGACACCUGUGGGUCAUAAGGCCACUUCUGGCUGGCCGGAAUCACUCACCUCUACAGACUCUUUAGCUAAGAAGAAAACCUUGUUUAUAACAACAGACUCCUCAAAGAUAAUCUCCAGUGCUUCUGGUUCAACAUCUGCUGCUGGUGUUCAGAGCCCUUCCACUGUAGGCAAUGGCCGUUCUAGCUCACCAACCAGCAACCUGACACAGCCUAUCGAGAUGCCCACACUUUCCUCCAGCCCAACAGAAGAAAAACCAGCUCCUGGGCCUGGGCAACAGGACAAUCCUCUUCUGAAAACUUUUUCUAAUGUGUUUGGCAGACAUCCACCUACUCUUUUCUCUUCACAGGCAGAGUUUCCUCAGGAGAGCAAAGCCCCUUUUGAAGCUGUGAAAAGGUUCUCCCUAGAUGAGCGGAGCUUAACAUCCAGACAGGACUCUGACUCCAGUACAAAUAGUGACCUGUCAGAUUUGAGUGACUCUGAAGACCAGUUGCAGGCUAAGGCUUGUAUGAAGGGUAUCCCAGACCACCUGAUGGCAAAGCUAGGCCCCAAUGCGGAGCGCAGUGCUGAGUUGCUGCUGGGUAAAGGAAAGGGGAAGCAAGCCCCAAAGGGCCGGCCCCGCACGGCUCCCCUAAAAGUUGGCCAGUCUGUGCUGAAAGACAUGAGUAAGGUGAGGAAGCUGAAGCAGUCAGGUGARCCUUUUCUCCAGGAUGGCUCUUGCAUCAACGUAGCUCCACAUCUGCACAAGUGUCGGGAGUGCCGUCUGGAGCGGUACCGCAAAUUUAAGGAGCAAGAGCAAGAUGACUCAACUGUGGCAUGUCGUUUCUUCCAUUUCCGGAGGUUGGUAUUUACCCGGAAAGGUAUACUACGAGUAGAAGGUUUCUUGAACCCCCAACAAAGUGACCCUGAUGCCAUGAGCCUAUGGAUUCCUUCUUCUUCCCCUGCAGAGGGGAUUGAUCUGGAAACUUCCAAAUACAUYCUGGCCAAUGUUGGGGACCAGUUCUGCCAGCUUGUUAUGUCAGAGAAGGAGGCAAUGAUGAUGGUGGAGCCACAUCAGAAGGUGGCAUGGAAGCGAGCAGUACGUGGUGUGAGAGAGAUGUGCGAUGUAUGUGAGACAACACUCUUCAAUAUUCAUUGGGUUUGUCGGAAGUGUGGUUUUGGGGUCUGUCUGGACUGCUACCGGCUGAGGAAGAACCGUCCACGUAGUGAGACAGAGGAGAUUGGUGAUGAGGAAGUUUUCUCAUGGCUGAAGUGUGCGAAGGGUCAGUCUCAUGAACCAGAGAAUCUCAUGCCAACACAGAUCAUCCCYGGUACAGCGCUUUACAAUAUUGGAGACAUGGUUCAUGCAGCACGAGGCAAAUGGGGUAUUAAAGCCAAUUGUCCAUGUAUUAACCGACAGAACAAAUCAGUGUUGAGACCAGCUGUUACUAAUGGAAUAUCACAGCUUCCGACUGUAAAUCCCAGUGCAUCAAUAUCUGGAAACGAGAGCACCUUUUCCACUGGAGCAGGAACAGCAGGAGGGGGGCAAGUAGAAAUGGACAUUGUACCAAAAUCUGAAGCAACUGAUAGUAGGAUAGAAGAAUCUGCAAAAACAGAGACAUUACCAACCAGUAAYGCUGGUGAAGUAAAGAGUAACAGACCACUUUGUCCAGAAACAGCUCCAUCGUCAGCUUUACACUGGCUUGCAGAUUUAGCAACGCAAAAAGCAAAAGAGGAAACAAAAGAAUCAGGAUCACUGAGGUCAGUGCUUAAUAAAGAAUCCCACUCACCCUUUGGAUUGGAUUCMUUCAACUCCAGUACAAAAGUUUCACCGCUAACCCCAAAGCUGUUUAAUAGCCUCUUGUUGGGCCCAGUGACAUCUAGCAACAAAGCUGAAGGCUCAAGCCUCCGAGAUCUGCUACACGCAGGGCCUGGAAAGCUUCCUCAGGUCCCAUCAGACACAGGAAUCCCCUUUCCUCCAGUCUUUUCUGCAGCUUCUACGGGGGCCAAAGGUAAAGCCAGCCUGCCAAACUUCUUGGACCAUAUCAUUGCUUCUGUGGUGGAAAAUAAGAAGACAUCUGACGGUGCAAAACGAGCUAGUAAUUUAGCUGACACGCAGAGAGAGGUGAAGGAAAUGGUAAUGGGAUUAAAUGUGCUGGAUCCACACACUUCCCACUCUUGGCUGUGUGAUGGUAGACUUCUUUGCCUUCACGAUCCCAGCAACAAAAACAACUGGAAGAUCUUCAGGGAAUGCUGGAAGCAAGGCCAGCCCGUGCUGGUAUCUGGUGUCCAUAAGAAGUUGAAGUCAGAGCUUUGGAAACCAGAAGCUUUCAGCCUGGAAUUUGGAGAYCAAGAUGUAGAUUUGGUGAACUGCAGGAACUGUGCCAUAAUUUCAGACGUGAAAGUGCGUGACUUCUGGGAUGGCUUUGAGAUAAUAUCUAAACGGCUCAGGUCAGAUGAUGGUCAGCCUAUGGUACUAAAGUUAAAGGAUUGGCCUCCAGGGGAGGAYUUCAGAGAUAUGAUGCCUACAAGGUUUGAGGACUUGAUGGAAAAUCUUCCUCUUCCUGAAUAUACCAAGAGAGAUGGCAGACUGAAUUUGGCUUCUAGGCUGCCAAGCUACUUUGUCCGCCCUGAUCUGGGUCCCAAAAUGUACAAUGCCUAUGGCUUAAUUACUGCAGAAGACAGACGAGUUGGUACCACAAACCUGCACUUGGAUGUGUCCGAUGCUGUUAAUGUCAUGGUGUAUGUUGGGAUUCCCAUUGGGGAAGGAACCCAUGAUGAUGAGGUUCUGAAAACAAUUGAUGAGGGAGAUGCUGACGAUGUAACAAAGCAGCGAAUCCAUGAAGGAAGAGAGAAACCUGGAGCAUUGUGGCACAUCUACGCUGCCAAGGAUGCUGAAAAGAUCCGGGAACUUCUCCGGAAGGUYGGAGAAGAACAAGGUCAAGAAAAUCCUCCAGAUCAUGACCCCAUUCAUGACCAAAGUUGGUACUUGGACCAGACCUUACGUAAGCGACUCUAUGAUGAGUACGGUGUGCAAGGCUGGGCAAUAGUACAGUUCCUUGGCGAUGCCGUGUUCAUUCCUGCAGGUGCUCCCCAUCAGGUCCAUAAUUUGUACAGCUGCAUUAAAGUGGCAGAAGAUUUCGUAUCUCCAGAACAYGUGAAGCACUGCUUCCGUCUGACCCAGGAAUUCAGGCACCUGUCUAAUACUCAUACAAACCAUGAGGAUAAACUGCAGGUGAAGAACAUUAUCUACCAUGCAGUGAAAGAUGCUGUCGGCACACUGAAAGCUCACGAAUCCAAACUAGCUAGAUCGUAGGAAUUGCUAAUUCCAAAUGCCCUGUCAAGUAAGCCUUUUGCUCACGGUAUAUACAGGGACUGCACACGACUGCCUCUGUAGGAGCAGAGGCUUCUCACUAAGAGCUGGUGUAGUCAGUAUUACACACACUCUUCAGCCACUGUUUUCUACGCUGCCUCAACAUUGAAGGUCUAAUGGAAGGUCGCACUGUUAAAUGCAGAAUUCCAUAUUCUAAAAGGUGCCAUGUCCCUUUCCUGUGGCCUUUUGCAAAUUGAAAGAACAUGGAAACCACUUGGUGUUCCUGCAUAUUAUGAUUAGAAAUGGURUAAAGAGUGUGGAUGGUUUUUUUCCCUCAUGCCUAGUUAGUCUCCACAAAGYUAAACGGGACAUGCUGGAGGUGGGUUGUCCUACCGCAGACUCGGUUGAUAGCUGCUGAAAGACCAACCGUGACCAACCGUAGCCCAACUGCAGAAAUUCAGACAAACUUCCUGUGUGAGAUAUAGGCCAAGGAAAAGGAUAAAGCUAUUCUCUGCACUCCCCUUCUUGUAGCCGUUUCUCUAUACACUGUAGAGUUGCAGAACUAAAGGGAGAACCCACUUUUUUUUCCCCUGGGAGACUCCAGAAAUAAGAGAAUUGUGUAUUUAGUGAAAAAAUAGGUUUGUAGUGAARCAGUUAAUAUUUCAUUAAAGUAGAUAUUUUUAGUAUUUUUGAAGUACCACAAUUGUUCCUGGAUUUUCAAGGAAAGGUGUAUUACGUUUAGUCUUCCUUGCAAUAAAAUCAAGAAGUGAUUUUUAGAAAGCAGUCCAAAAUAGCACAAAAACAGCCAAAGGACAAUUGAAUAGAAAUUGACAUCCCACCUCCCUUGCCCAUAUUACCUCACCUGUCUUCCCCGCCCCGCCCUCUCUCUGUGCCACCCUGCUUCCUCGGAAUGAGAAGUAAAAAGGAGUAUAAACUCUUUUCUCACAUGGAGAUGUUGUACAUCUCUCCCUGCACUGGUGACUGCAGGCAAUAUCCACCCAAYACCAGUGCCACCUGAAAACAUCUAUAAAACAUCUAUCCUUUCCAAAGUGAAGGAAAAGUUAACUUUCGGUGUCAACUUUGUCCAGAAAUAUUUUAAGUAAAAUGUUCCUGCUUGAUAGAACUGUAUUCAGAAUUUACUAAUGUCAGCAUUGAUGCAAUGGAUUUCAUUGUCCGGGUACAUGGGGAAAUGUAUUGACCUUAUCUCCAGCYGUACUGUAGUGCCACUUGCAGGCCUGUUAAUAUGUUCACGGUUAUUUCAUUUUUUAAAAAAUAAAAGGCAUUUACUGUAACAGCCUGGGCAGUUUCUUUCAUACCUGUAUACUGAUCUUCCUGCUUUGAGGUUGUCUCAGCCUUUGCCCCUAGUAGUGUAGCCUGCCUGCUAAUUUUGUGCCCUGUAUUUGACCAGAAGGCUCAUGUGAUUUAGCACACACUUGGGACGCUAGGCUGGGAACACAGCAAGCUGCUUGCCAGCUCUUGAUUCUUCGAGGUAGUUUGGAUAGAGGCUCUGUCUUACCAUAAAAAAAGGUCUCUUGUACUGUGCUCCCCAUCUCUCACUAUCUUCCUAACAGGUUAGGGUCCAGAGAUGCCCUCUGCACUGGAGAUACGCAUGGGGUGGUAAAAGUUCUGUGGUUUCUGACCUUGGAGGUUGUGAUGGCAGUAGCAGUUCUGUUCACUAACUUGAGGCAUGCUAGCAGCUUCUCAGGUUGGUUAUUGKGUGCAAAGCUCAGUCACAGGCUUUUGCUGCCUCAUACCCUUGCAGCUAUCCUGUGAAUAUGGGCUAAUUUAGUCUGCUAGCGAUAAGAUGGGUUAUUCCGGACCCAAGGAUCAUUCAGUCUCACUGUAUUCUGUCGUGUAGAAUUUCAUGUGGACUUCCGUUGUACGCAGUGCACACAGAUUAAUU